GGCGGGGUCAGGGAGGCGGGGGAAGCGGCCGGGCGGGCGCGGGGACAGAGACACGGUGGGCUUCGACGGGAGCUGUCGCCGCUGCCGCCGGCACCGGGAGGGCGCCGACCAUGGACGCCACCACGCUGGAGCUGGACGCGGUGAAGUUCGCGAAGCUGGCGGUGCAGCGGGACCAGAGCGGGCGCUACCAGGAAGCGGUCUUCUACUACAAGGAAGCUGCACAAGCCUUGAUUUAUGCUGGGAUGGCUGGGUCCAACUUGGAAAAUAUUCAAGAAAAAAUAAAUGAGUACUUGGAGAGAGUUCAAGCUCUCCAUUCAGCAGUUCAAUCACAGAAGACAGACCCUCUGAAGUCAAAACAACAGUUGGACUUGGAGCGUGCUCACUUCCUAGUUACACAGGCUUUUGAUGAAGAUGAUAAAGGCAAUGCAGAAGAAGCUAUAGAGUUGUACACAGAAGCAGUGGAACUCUGUUUGAAAACAGCUACUGAAACCUCAGAAGCAGGCCUCCAGUCCAAGCUGAAACAACUGGCUCGACAAGCACUGGAUAGAGCAGAAGCACUGAAGGAAUCUAUGUCAAAGUCAUCUCAGAAAGAAAAGUCAACUGCAGCCAAACCAAAUCAGCCAGUCAGAACGUUCUUUCCAUUGGGACCUGAUUUUUCUUUAAAUGAUAAACCACAGACAAUCAGAGCAGUACAAGCUAGUGAAUCUCAAGGUCAGAGAUACACUGCAGAGGAGAUUGAAGUACUCAGGAAGACUUCAAAGAUUAAUGGCAUUGAAUAUGUACCUUUCAUGAGUGUUGAUCUGAGGGAACGUUUUGCCUUCCCUAUGCCUUUUUCUGAUAAGUGUGGGAAGUUACCAUUAUCCCCCAAACAGAAAGCAAUGUUUGCCAAGUGGGUGAGACCAGAUGACAUUACAAAUAACCCUACGAUGAUCUAUACCGUAUCAAGUUUCAGCAUAAAGCAGACAAUAGUGUCAGAUUGUUCUUUCGUGGCGUCACUAGCUAUCAGUGCAGCAUAUGAAAGAAGAUACAACAAAAAAUUGAUCACGAGUAUAAUUUACCCUCAGAAUAAGAAAGGAGAACCAGAAUAUAAUCCAUGUGGUAAAUACAUGGUGAAGCUUCAUAUCAAUGGUGUUCCUAGAAAGGUGAUCAUAGAUGACCAGUUACCUGUUGAUCAUAGUGGGGAACUUCUCUGUUCUUAUUCCAAUAAUAAGAAUGAAUUAUGGGUGUCACUAAUAGAAAAGGCUUACAUGAAGGUCAUGGGAGGAUAUGAUUUUCCUGGAUCAAAUUCUAAUAUUGAUCUCCAUGCACUGACAGGUUGGAUACCUGAAAGAAUUGCAAUGCACUCUGACAAUCAAGCCUUCAAUAAAGACAGCACUUUCAGAAUGCUUUAUCAGAGAUUUCACAAGGGAGAUGUCCUUAUCACAACAGCAACAGGAGUGAUGUCUGAAGAGGAGGGAGAAAAGUGGGGUUUAGUUCCAACCCAUGCAUAUGCAGUCUUGGAUAUAAGAGAAUAUAAGGGACUUCGAUUUCUUCAGCUAAAAAAUCCCUGGAGCCACUUACGUUGGAAGGGACGAUACAGUGAAAAUGACACAAGAAACUGGACCCCAGAUUUGCAAAAAUACUUGAACUUUGAUCCCAGAACAGCUCAGAAAAUAGACAAUGGCAUUUUCUGGAUUUCCUGGGAGGACCUGUGCCAGUACUAUGAUGUUAUUUAUUUGAGUUGGAACCCAAGUCUUUUUAAAGAAUCUACAUGUAUUCACAGCACGUGGGAUGCAAAGCAGGGCCCGGUGAAGGAUGCCUACAGCCUGGCCAACAACCCUCAGUACAAGCUGGAGGUGCAGUGUCCACAGGGUGGUGCUGCUGUCUGGGUCCUGCUCAGCAGGCACAUCACUGACAAGGAUGACUUUGCACACAAUCGGGAAUUCAUUACAAUGGUUGUAUACAAGACUGAUGGCAAAAAGGUUUACUAUCCAGCUGAUCCUCCUCCUUAUAUUGAUGGUAUUAGGAUCAACAGUCCUCAUUAUCUAACCAAGAUAAAGCUGACCUCUCCAGGUUCCCAUACAUUCACCUUAGUGGUGUCCCAGUAUGAAAAACAAAACACCAUCCAUUACACCAUCAGGGUGUAUUCCUUGUGCAAGUUCACCUUUUCCAAGAUUCCUACACCUUACACCAUUUCCAAACGGGUUAAUGGACAGUGGAAAGGUCACAGUGCUGGAGGAUGUGGUAACUUCAGAGACACCUACAAAAAUAACCCCAUUUAUCAAUUCCAGCUAGACAAGAAUGGACCAUUGCUAAUUGAACUACGGGGGCCAAGGCAAUACAGCGUUGGUUUUGAACUUGUCACUGUCUCAACAGUGGGAGAUCCUGGUUCCUAUGGCUUUCAGAAAAAAAGCAGUGGUGACUACAGGUGUGGAUUUUGCUACUUGGAGGUGGAGAACACAUUUGCUGGAGUUUACAACAUUAUCCCCACCACAUUCCUGCCUCAACAAGAGGGGCCUUUUUUCUUAGAUUUUAACAGUACUACUCCUCUUAAGGUGUCACAGCUGCAGUGAGGAGACAGAACUGUGCAGUGCUGUUUAAGGAGAUGGUUUUGAUCUGUCCUGAGAACAGGUGAAGAACCCUUACUACACAUGCACAAAAGAGAAUUACAUCCUGACUUACAGCCAAAAGCAUGGAAUGACAGAUUGCCAGUUAAUUGUGGCGGGCAGUUAGCUGUGGGUUUGCUGCUGUGGUCCAGGAGUGAGCACUGUUCAACAGGCUUGGGAAUAGGCUAAAAUGCAUAUAUUCAAAUGAACCAGCAGAACUCAAUUUAUUGCAUUUUUCCACACUUUGAAUCAAAGUCUAGUGAGUUACAAGAAGAACUAACAUUGAAAUUCCCUCCUCCCAACAUACAGGGUAUAUGGGCUAAAGAUUCUAUUCUUAAAAGUAAACACGUAAGAAAAAAAUAUUCUUGUGUAUUCUGCUUAUUCAGUCUCAGGACCAAAUAGCUUUUAUUACACAUUUGUGCUGCUAUCUAUGUUUUCAGCACUGAACUGAUUCUCCCAUCUAAAUGUAAGUGUACUGCUGCUGAGCCAGUAGCAUUCCAUGUGUCAUCUUCUCUGGAAUAUGUAUAUAGGAGUACAGGAAAAAGAAGGUUCCAGCUUUAGCUAUUUCUAAAAGCAAAGCAAUUGCUUUGCUCAUGUUAUGUGUACCUUGAGAGCUGUUACUUCAUAUCUGAAUGACUUCAGUACAUAAUACAGCAUGAGGUUCUGUGGCUUUCUCCCUGCCAUCUGCCAGACCUAGGUUGAUCCUGAUGAGCAGGAAGGACAGGAGGUUAUCCAGCACUAGUGACCAGGCAGUGCAGCACAGCCUGCCAUGAGCAGCUGUGAAGGGUUUUCAUCUGAAGAUCUCCUGUAAGAUUCACUGUAUCUGCUUAGGGUAGUCUCAGUUGAUGGUGCAGAGAGAUGGGGAAGUGCCCACCAUCAGCAACUCAGCAAAGAAAUGUUUUAUUUUCAUCACUUCUGUAAGUAUGCAUCAUGUAGGGAAGGAUCAUUUAAACCUCUCUCCCAAUGAACCACAGCUGCAAGGAAUGCACUUGCUGAUGCCAUUAUGCAAGACAUCUUUGAAAAGAUACUUUUUUCCUUUUAAGUUGAAACCAGUGAAGGAAUUGAGCACAUGCCCAGUGUCAUCAAUAGAAGCAGGAUCAGAGUUCUUAAGAAAAUAGUGGAGGUGGAAUUAAUGCAGAACAAGUUAUUUUUUUUAGAAGACCCCCCACCAUGUGUUCUUCCUCUAGAUCUGUACACAUUGUAUCUGAAGAGGAUUCAAGAUGGGAAGUUUUUAUUUAAUACCAACUGCCUCACAGAUCCUGAAAUUGAUUAAAUUUUGUAAUUUUUACAACAUUUACAAUAUUUCACAACUGGGGGAGAGGGUAUUUUUAAAACAGCCAUGGGAAUUUUGCUGCCAUUCACACUGGUUUGGCAGUUUUCCAAGAAAAAAGGUAGCAUUUAAAUCUUGCUUUAGGUUACAGGUGUCACUUGGCCAUUGGGAAACUGAACACAUAUUCUAUAAUAGCACCAGAAAUAGCUGUGGGCUAAAAUUAUUCCCACAGAAAUCUGCUUUAGUCCUCUCCAGAAAGUAGAAGAACCUUUUGUUUCAUUUCAUCAGACAGCUGCUUAACAAGUGUCUGGCACUGAAAGGGCAGGGAUAGCUCCUGCCUUGGAAAACGCAUGCCUUGCUGACUGUAAUUCUCUCAGAGACCAUCUGGGCUAGGGAAUUCGUGACAAGUUUGUCACAGACUGACUUACCUUCUUUUGCAGGGGAGUUUCUGAUGUUUACUGCAAUAAAUCAACAGAAGGAAGAGCAUGGGCACAAGCUGAGAAUAAAACAGAUUAGGUUCUUUGUGGUUGUGCUUGGGUUUUGGAGUAUGUGCCAAGGACUGCUUCAUCCCUGCAAUAUGGAAGUUUCAUUCAACUCCCAUUUUCCCUACAGGUUUCUGUUAAGUUUUUAGCUGAGGCUAAACCCAGAGGAGCAGUGGAGUCCUCCAGCUAUCUUAUCACCUCUAAAGUUGGAGGUAUUGAGGAAGUCUCAACUGAGUAUCUUUUUGGCAGUAGAAAAGGCAGAUGCCAGAAGUGCCAGCUUUCAGCACCAAGUUCUUGCACCUUCUCUGCUGUUGGAGAUCAAGCUGGUAGACUUGCCUACAGGAAAAUCUGUUGUUGUUCUUCCAUAGUUGGUUUCUACUCGGCAGGAAGGAGUUAUUCUUUCUCUUUCCCCCUGAGCACAAGUUAGUGCCAAAGCUUAUGCUGCAUGAAACAAGCAUAAGGCUCAGCUUCCGUACUGUGCAGAAAUUAAACUGAACUGAAGUAAAAAGUAAGAAAUGUACUCACCAGGCAAAGACAUUGAGGCCAAAGGAUCCUGUCCCCACCAGGAUACGCCAGUAUUUCUUACAUAUUUGGAACAGUCAGUGGAUUUGGCUUAUCCCCAUUAAUGCACAGGACUUGAGUUUAGUAUCAAUCUUAUAUAUAUAAAGCAAAGUCUAUUCAAAUAUUGCACCUGCACAGGGUACUAGAAUGGCAUCACUGUGCAUUUCCCUUCAGACAUAGGACAGAACACUCAGAUGAAGUAUUUAAGAGGUACUACAAAAUAUCCUUAUAAAUUGCAGCCUAGGGAUUCUGGUUAUGGAAAAUUAAUUUUACAAUAAAAUUUUCUUGCCCUUUUUUCUUAAGAAAAAACAUUGAUGUAAGCAUUUAGGACUUGCUUUAGUAUUUUCUGUCAAAUAUAUACUUUCGUAUAUUUUCCAUAUAUAAGUCUGGAAAAAUUAUUGCAAAGUGAACUGAUCCUUAGAUUUUAACAUGACCUCAGGCGACUAAGUUAAGCUUUUCUUUCCCUUGUACUGUUUAGCAUUUUUUGAGCCAUAUGACAGAGAACACAGUUUGUUCUGUUUGUUGUGUUAGGAAGACACAGGUUAGCCCUUGGUUGAUCCAACCUCUCAGUUCUCAAAGACUCAGUGAGACGAUGAAUGGCAUCAACAUCUUCCAUCCCAACUGCCCCAGACUGUGAGUCCGAGUUCAGUCCUAGUCUCCUGCUGCAAGCUUCAUGUAACUAUUUUGUACAGUAAUUCUGCAUUUAACCACACAAUCUCUGCAGCCUUUGAACAGCCACCUAUUUAGAACUAAGUUUGUGUACAUACAGUAGAGGUUUUCAUCACUUCAUCUAAAAAGACACUGAAAUUGUUUGAUAAUACCAAAGAGAAGUAGAACUCCUAGGUUAACAUUUGCUUUAUACAUUCUCACAUCAGGGCAGAUGAAGCAAUCAUGUAUACUUUGAUACACCAGAGGCUUAUUUUUAUACCCAUGAAGGCAGCUACCAUUAUGUUACACUUCAGAAUCCAUGAAGAGCUUAAGUAAAAAGUAACUGGACAAAGCUUGUUCAUUUGCUUGUACUCCAUAGCAAUGUAUGUUCAUUUAAGUACGUCAUAUUUAUAAUUAUGGCUUUUAUGAAGUUUAAAAUAAAAUGAGUUUUCCAUUAAUUUAUUAGACACACAGUUGUGCCUUUUUGCUUGCAUAUUUGAAGGGUGAUUUCCCUGCCAAGUCUGGGGCUCACCAAAGGAGGAAGGCUGCAUCAUGAUCUUUCACCAACUCUUGAAGCAGGGUGAUAGAAAAGGCAGGGCAGAGUGGGUUCCACACCCUUUCAAACUUCCAAAUCAAUGGUUUUACCCAGCUGGGAGCUCAACCCAAUCAGGACAUAAGCAAGGCAGCGCACAAAGUUAAUCCACUGUGCCCAAGUGUGGGAAGUUUGGGUUUCCAGUCCAAACUGGCAAGAUGAGAAGAAAUUUGAUAACGAGAGAGAUGAAAAAAAUAAAAAGGGAAAAAAAUCGCUACCAAAACAACUAUUCAAAGAGCCCAGGAACAUGUAACAGGUGUUGACUGGGAAGUCUGCAAAAGUGAGAUUCAACCACAAAGACCUCUGCUAGUUUUCUAGCUGAAUGCGGCAGAGACAACAGCUCAGCUAUGAAAGUUUAGAUAAAAACACCUAAUACAAUGUGGCA